CGCGCUGCCGUUGCUUUGAUUUACAGUUAAUAAAAAGGAAGCUCACUUGAUCGUACUGAGACAGUUGAUUUCGGCGUUCUGGAAGUGAAGCAGCGGUUGUGUGUUCUGCCAAACUAGGUGACGUGCCUAUUCGCCAAAUUUGGUGGUAUCGAGUGAUUUGUAUCCUGUAUAGCUGGAGCAAUUUCGAAAGUGAAAAUUGUGUUUAAAAGUUAAAUACGAAGCAACAAGAACAAUAAAAAUGAUGAAGUUUCUGGGACUCUCACUCUGCCUGGCACUGACCAUCGUCGAUCAGACUCUUGCACAGAACAACCAGUACCUACCUCCCGAUAAGGGAUAUGCCUACGACAAGCCAAACCAGCCCUUCCCAAGCGCCCAGCAACCCCAACAGGUCCCCUUCCCAAGACCUCCAGCCCCAGCUCCAUCCUAUGGACCUCCACCGGCUGCUGGUGGUGAUCACGUCCACGAACCGGGAAUGCCGUUCGAUUUUAACUACAAUGUGAACGACAUUGACACCGGAAACGACUACUCGCACAACGCAGUCAGCGACGGGGAUGUGACCCGAGGCGAGUACCGCGUGCAGCUGCCCGAUGGACGGACGCAAAUUGUGCGCUAUACCGCCGACUGGAAGAACGGUUACAACGCGGAGGUGACGUACGAGGGUGAAGCCAAAUAUCCUGAAGGCCCAGGUCAAGGUGGAGCCAACUCCGGUGGAUACAAAUACUAAACCCUCCCUUCCAUCAAACCUCAUCAACCGUUCCAGUGAUUGUUAUUGGGACCCCCCACACACGUGGAACUAACCAAAAACCUUCACGACAGCAUGCCGUUUCUCUGCCAUGCAUCACCAGAAUACGUGUGCCAGAAAAACGGCUCAAUUUGACUCACGACUAUUCAUCAAACGCGAACCAUGUUCUUCCAUUAAGUGUUCUUCUGUGACCGUGCUGCAUGACAACGUAGCCCCAUCAUUCAGUGCACCCUAAUUGAUGAAGUAGGAAAAAGUCAACGAAACCACUCGCAAAGUUUUGUUGUCAAAUUAAUCAGCAUCACCAGCCACAAUUGCCAUGGAAGCCAGUAUGACAGCCAGUAGAAGACGACAGCGACAUUAUUUCAAAGUGCACAAAAUUAAUGACCAGAAAAAUGAGAGAGAUAAGCCAGGUUGGGAUACCCUUUCGAACUAAGUGGAGGUUCGAUUCAUCUGCAUCAUCAACCGACCAAUAGACAAACACAUUUGCGCACAUUUAUUUAUAAUUGUAACCUCUUGUACAUGUUCUCGGUAUAGUCAUAAAUUAAGUGGACCAAUGCAAGUGGUCCAGUAGUUUAUUUGCCUGUCCUAUUCCCACCCCCGCACCGACACUCUCUGAGUGAUAUUAGGAAUUCCCUAAUGCACACAUCACGAUUACCCAUCUAGCGACGUGAAGUAAUUGCUGAACAUACCAACCACACCGAAUCCAAAAUAUAUGGAGGAAAAAUAAUCAUGUUUGGACAUAGAGUAAAAACAACGAACGAUGAAUCCCCAUAUUGCCAUCCGAGGUGAUGGGGACCCGAACCGCAUCUUUGUGCGAGCAGACUAUGUCACAUUAGCCGUAAUUAAUUUAACGAUUAUUGCCCCUCAGUGCAGCUUAAGAACGCCGGCGAACGAACGAUCAACGACCGUUAAGACGAUCCGAAAGAGCACGUACAUAUAAAUAGCAUCUCAAGUGUGAUACAUAGUUGAAUCCCCAUUUAUAUAUUUUUUUUCACAAAACCGCUAAGUAAACACUACUUGCUGCUUGAAAAAGACCUGUUAGACUUCUUUCAGCGAAGAUGCCACCAGGAUACGACACUUUUUACGACUUUAGUAGACAUUCCGUUCUAUGAAUUCGGGUAGUUAAAAGCGGGAAGUUGUCAACAUGUAAGUUUGAUGAGAAACAUUAAUAGGACUUUCAAGUUAGACGACGCAAACAUUGAGUUGCAAAAGACGAAUUUCGACAUUGAAACUGCCAGUUGAUUAUGUGUAUAAUAUUGUAUUCUACGCAAUAAAUGAAUAAAAAAAUAAAAAAGAAAAACAUAAUAAAAUACA